GGCACGCCAUUUAAUUGUCGACAGUCGGAGCAAGCGCGCGUACACGAUGUCGGUUCAAGUGCCUAAAGUUGUUUUGUACGUUCUGAACACUGUUUACACUGUAUUCGGGCUGGCGAUCGCCGCUGCUUCGAUAUGGUUCUUCUGUCAGGUGUUCGAGUUCACCAGGUUGCGCAACAGCAAUCAUUAUCUCCUGGAUUACUCGGUCUACUGGCCUCAAGCGGUGCCGUGGAUGUUUUUCUUCGUUGGUUUCUUUGUUCUGAUGGUGUCGGGAUGCGGAUUCGCCGGUGUCUGUCGGAAAAACCGCGGUAUGUUGACACUGUACGCGGUGGCCAUGUCGCUGGUGGUGUUGUUUGCCGUCGCGGCCGCUGUCGUGGCGCUAGUGUUCGCGGAUAGCAAAUCUACUGAUGAUUUCGUCAAGGACACCGUAUGGGAUGUGUAUUUCCAAACGAAGAAUGAUAACGAGGUCGCUGAUGCCUUCGGAAUUAUCGAGAGGAAGUUACAUUGUUGUGGAGCCGACAGCCCCAGGGAUUAUAAGAAUUGGAAGAAUGAAUUCCCCGUAUCCUGCUGCGACGUGUACUAUCACGGCUGGUUGGAGCCCUACGCCAUCGACUGUGAGUUCACUAACAAGUUGGCCAAUGAAAGACACGGAUGUUCAACGGUCGCAGCUCAGUACGCCAGAAUUGCGAUCAAGGUCCUAUCGGGAGCGUCUAUUUUUACCGCAUUUAUUGCCAUAAUGGGUAUUGUGUGCGCUAUUUCUUUGUCAAAGGCACUGGAGAAAAAAACACGACCCCCACCAGUUCACGAGUCAGAAAGUAAGAAGGUUCUGCUAUAAGUUAUUUAAUAACUUUGAGUUAAACCAAGAUCUGAAUAAUAGAUAAAACAAGUGUCUAUUCUAUUUGUUUUGUAUAAAUAUAUGAUGGAAAAUGUUAAUCGGUUUCGGUAUACGUAGUUGCGGAGGGCCCAUUUGUACAUCUUUGUGUAAAGAGUAACAGAAGUGGGUUAAGAGGAAGUAUUCAUACGUAACAUUUUAGUUUCUAGUGGCAUUUAAGAGGCGAACUGAUGUAGUGAAACAAGUUUUCUACUUUUGAACUAAAACCAAAUACUUAUGUAACCUAUAGGCGUUAGAUUAUGUAAAAAUGGUUAGGGUUAUAAAGGUACAUAUUGGUCAAACGAACCGCUGCGUUAUAAUCGCGGCGUUUUUUAAACAAAACAAGUUAUAUUUUGUGCUUGGCGAUUCGCUUCACCGAUAUGACAAUGUAUUAAUAUUCAUGCGUCUUAAGCAUCUUGUGUCAAUAUUAAUGGUUGAAGUGAUGUAAUUCGGUUUAAUUAUAAGACAUGUUUGGAUCUCCCUAAGAACAUUUGUUAAGCAACAGACUUAUUUUUACCCGAUGUAUAUAGUUGUAACAAAUUUGCGCUUUAAAUUCUUAAAUCAUUCCAAGUUAGGUUUCAGAUAAUGAGUGGGAUUUUAUAGUGUGUGUUAGGUUUAUAUGUUUUUAGUUUAGUUAACUUUAUCUUUUGAGGUCGUAAGCAUAGAAAAUUAACCGAUAUGUUGAACUAGGUCGCACUGGAUACUCACAGUUUUGUUAUUUUCCUUUUUAGCAUUUUAAUAAUAAAAGUGUAAGGAUACAAUAUUACUAGAUACAUGUAAAAAUGCUUUUAGAGUUCAUACAAUGAACAAUUUAUUGUAAUUAUUUAAAUUACAUUAUGUACCGUUAUUAUUUGUAAGAUACGUCUUAGUUGUAAUGGCAAUUAAGGCCUAAUAAUUUCUUUUUUUGUAUAUUUUUGACUGACUUUUCACCAGAAUGCUUCUAAUUAUUUUGAAGCCUUUUAUUAUAUCUCUAGCAAUAAUUUAUCUUUAAAAUAUUCGUCACAUGUUACGGUUGUCAGCUUUAAGAACUCUUGUAAAAUGAAGUCUGUCUCUUUGAAUUUGAUAUUGUUAAGUCUACUCCAUUAUGGCACCGGUAAUGACAAUAUUAUUGAGUAACUUUAUUAAUCUGUUUCGGAAACCUGUUAGUUUAUUGUUAGUAAUGAUAUUGCAAUUAAAUGUCACUUACGAUUUUAAUAUCUUACUUGAUUGUUUUGAAUAAAAUUCUCGAGGCUAAAAACAAAAAUGGUUAAGUAAGAAGAACAUCGUAAUGCAAAACAAAGUAUGUCAUUCGACCUUCCGAUGUUAGUUAAAUCACGUAUACGAUCUUUUAUAUGUGACGAUACGGACACGACACGACAAUCACCUGUAAUAUAUCCGAUGUAAUAAAUAGUAUUAACUCGUGUAAUGUAAUGAUUUUGAUAGUUUUAAGAGGUUUUAUUUAUUUCUAUUAUUAUAUUAAGAUUCUCUCGAAAUAACUGUGUAACUUAUACGAGACCAAAUUUAUGCCCAUCUAUAUUAUCAUAUCUUUGUACCUGUUGUAUUAAGAAAGUAUAUUUUUUAUAUUACAGUCUGAUUUAUUUAAUAAAAAAGUUACAAAUAAACAUAUGUAUAUAUAAA